CUUCUCAAUCUAAUAAGAAGCCAAAAAGCCCUCAAUUUCUUAACCCUUUCUCCAACAAUUGAAAGCCAACGAACUUCCUCCUCUCCUAACCCCGACAUGAGAACCUAAAGUUGUCACCUUUGUCCCCAAGCCCCAACCUUUUUCAUCAUAUUCCAUCCAUGGCGCCCAUUUCGACAUCUACGUCGUCGGAAAAUUGCGGGAAGGCGAUGAUAGCAGCAGCAGAAGGGCCAUCGCCACCGGUGUCUGUCUCCCCUGGCCGAAACUCCGGCGAGGGGUUGAGAUUCUGCAGCCUCCGGGGCGUUAGGUGGAGGAUUAAUCUCGGAAUAUUGCCUGCUUCCCAAUCAGCUUCCAUCGAAGAUCUGCGACGCGUUGCCGCGGAUUCUCGAAGGAGUUAUGCAAGCUUGAGACGCCGACUGCUCAUAGAUCCCCAUGCUUUGAAGGAUGGAAAUAGAUCGCCUAAUUUGGCCAUCGAUAAUCCUCUAUCACAAAAUCCAGAGAGCAUGUGGGGCCGCUUCUUUCACCAUGCCGAGAUUGAGAAAAUGGUCGAGCAGGAUUUGUCGCGGUUGUAUCCAGAAGAUGGAAGCUACUUUCAGACCUCUGCAUGUCAAGGCAUGCUGAGACGAAUCUUAUUAUUGUGGUGCUUAAGGCAUCCAGAGUGUGGAUAUGGCCAAGGAAUGCAUGAACUGUUGGCUCCUUUAAUAUAUGUGUUGCAUGCUGAUCUCAAUCACCUUUCGAAUGUUCGAGGAAUCUAUGUGGACUACUUUAGCGACGAAUUUGAUGAAUUGUCCUACCCAAUGAGUGGCAUUUUAUCUCAUAAUACAGCGAAAAAGGCCAAAAGUUUGGAUUUAGGUGACAAAGGUGAUAACUCUUAUCACGGAAAUGGGUCGAAAAUUAUGGGCCUUGAUGAACUCGAUCCAGAUGCGAGGGACCUUUUCUUAUUGAGUGAUGCCUACGGUGCAGAAGGAGAGCUGGGUGUGGUUAUAUCCGAGCGAUUCAUGGAGCAUGAUGCAUAUACCAUGUUCAACGCAUUAAUGAGUGGCGGCGCUCACGGGGUGGUUGCCAUGGCGGACUUCUUUUCUGUCUCUCCCGCCAUCGAAUAUAGCACGAGCAUACCUCCGAUAAUCGAGGCCUCAUCCGCACUAUAUCACUUAUUGUCUGUCGUGGACUCGUCUCUUCAUAGUCACCUUGUUGAGCUCAGGGUUGAGCCUCAAUAUUUUGCACUCCGAUGGUUGCGUGUUCUAUUCGAACGAGAGUUUUCUUUGAAUGAUUUGUUAGUCGUUUGGGAUGAAUUGUUUUUUUCAUCUAAUGAUUCGUGUAUGGAGAAUGACGAAUGUCACUUUAGGGUUUUGUGCUCGCCUCGUGGAGCUUUUAUUGCAGCAAUGGCGGUAUCGAUGCUUCUGCAUGUUCGAUCAUCUCUGUUGGCGACCGAGAAUGCGACCUCGUGCCUCCAAAGAUUGUUGAACUUCCCGAGGAAUAUAAAUGUGGUGAAACUGAUAGAGAAGGCGAGGUCUUUUGAAGCCCUCGCCUUGGAAGCAAACAUAUUAGCAGCAUCAUCUUCACAGGCUAAAAAUAGGUCAUUUUCAGCAACUAGAACUGUUUCGGUAGCUCCUAAGGCACCUAUUAGAACUUUACCUGAGAGCUAUUGGGAGGAGAAAUGGAGAGUGCUUCACAAGGAAGAAACACUUCAGAAGAGUGAUUUGAGCAAAGGGAGGAAGAUCAAGGAGUUGUUGGGAAAGAAACUAGGCUUAUCGAGGACAGAAUCAGAUCCUUCUCCUGCAAAAAAGUUUAGUGGGAAGAUAGCAGCCGGGUCUUCUAUCCGGCGCAGAUUAUUUGAUGAUUUGUCUCAAGACUUUAAGCCUGUAGACGAUGUGGAUCACGGUAUUUUACCGUGUCAGGAGUCUCCUCAUUCGAAUGAAGAGGCGAGCAACCGUUUAUUCGUAGAUGCAAGCGAUCAAAAUACCGCGAGGAGCACGGAGGAGCCAUGUGAUGCAUGUGAUAUGAAUAUAUUGAGAACAGCGGAAUGUGGAGCUGAAAAUUUUUCAUUAAGCACAGAAAAUUCUUCGAUGUCUUCAAUGUCUACAGCUCCUACCGGUGAUGGGAAUGAUGCCGAAAUUGAAUCUGAGAAGAGUAGUCUCUGUUCGGAUUCAUCAACUGAGGAAAGUGAUGAGAAAAAUAACAAUGCAGAGGAGGAAAGCAGUAGUUAUUCAGAGAAUCCGGCACAUAAUGAACCAGAAGCCAGUGCUGCUGGUGUCAAAUCAGAACCAAGUAAGAGUGAUGAUGUCGCAAGUGUGCCAGAAAUGAAGGAGAGAAAACCAUUUUCUGGCAAGUUUCAAUGGUUUUGGAAGUUUGGAAAAGGAAAUCAAAUUGAAGGGAACUUAGAAAGAGGAGCAAAUGAUGCCAAGACCCAGCGAUCAUCUAUCAUUCCGAAAGAAAAUGUUUGCCAUGAAACCUUAGGAACUGCAGCAGACCGGGGCUGCUGUAACGACAGCUUGAAGAUAGAAGCUGCGGAGAAGAAAGCGAUGGGUACACUUAAGAUUCUCGGACAAUCCAUGCUUGAGAAUAUUCAGGCCAUUGAAGCUGUUUUCCAACAAGAAAGAGGCCAAGCGGGCGUCGGUCUUGGCGGCGGGGGCAAAGGCCAAGCUACAGCCUUUGCAGCUCUAAAGGAGCUUAGAAAGGUUAGCAAUCUUUUGUCAGAGAUGUGAGUCAUGGCUUUCUUCUUAUUUUUAUGAAUUUAUCAUUCUUCUCUUAUUUAAAUUAUUCAACCAUAAAAGCUUCUCGGCUUCCUUGUUUUUUCUUGCAAAGAUAUAAUUGUGUUGUAAAUAUGGGUUGCAAUUUAUGAGGGGGAGAGGGGGGUUAUCGUUAAGUCCAUUCUUAGAUUAUAUUGUAACUUGGAAACAAGAGGCAGGAAGCAGGUUGCUGCUGCUUACUGGAUGUCUGUGGAACAGCACUCAGCUAUUUUGUAAUUAAUGUAUUACUUGUUCGGCAAUAAGAGGCAAAAGUGAAAUUUCAUA